UGAAAACGACUGUAAGAUGUCGCUGUUGACUGUUUUCCUGAAAUUUGCUUUCAAACAAUCUUUCUAGAAUGGCCGAUUUCGUUGCAGAUAACUCACACCACAAGCCAGCCCAACCAUCAGAACCAGUCGAACUAAUGGAUGAGCUAUCCGAGGACGUUUUACCACCUGGUUCUGAUAUCGAAGGCACUCUUGCUUCAGAACCGUCGUCCAAAACAUUGGAAAUGUUAGAAGAUUCACAAGCUCAAGGAAAUGAUUCAAAAAGUUCAUCAGGCAUAGUUGGUGAAUCAAAGUCCCAAGAGCUGGCAUCUGUCGUAGAAAAUGCUGGCAAAACUACUGAAAAGGAAGGCAACUGUUAUUGUGGAAAGGAUCGCAACAUGAAUAUUGUUGAACUUUUUUGUGCAACCUGUCUACGUUGGUUUCAUGAAUCCUGUAUCAGUUAUCAGUUGGGCAAACUGGUUCCUUUCAUGAUGAACUAUGUUUUCUUGUGCAAGAAUUGCUCACCUACCGGAUUAGAAAGUUUCAAGAAAAAUCAAGCCCAAUUCACACAGAUGUGUAUUACCACAAUAGCUAACUUGAUGCAAAAUAGCACAAAAGAAGGAACUUCGAGACAAUAUUUUUCCAGGGAUCGUGAAAUCGUACCAUAUGUCGAUUCUCAUUGGGAAUAUCUUACCACAAUGCCUAGAAGGGUUACACAAUCCUGGCAUUCCACAAUACAUAAAACUUUGAUGAAGGAAAAGGGGCUGAUAUUCGUUUGCCAGGAACCCGUACCGGAAACGAUGGCUAGUGAUUGCAUGUUUGGCUUGUUGUCGUUGGAACUCAUAAACAUCCGACCGAACUAUGAAGCCAUGGUUAGAGCUGGUCACCUAAAACAAACCGAUCCAGCCGGCGGAAACACUGCAAUUCGUGGACGUGGCUAUAAGCGUCGUGUUCCUGACCAGUUUGGUGGAAAUCAGCGUAAAACUCGAAAUGAUAUUGGAACACCCAAGUUACCAGCUCAUGGUUACCCACUAGAUCAUCCAUUUAACAAAGACGGUUACCGCUACAUUUUAGCAGAGCCAGAUCCCCAUGCUCCAUUCAGGCAGGAGUUUGAUGAAAGCAGCGAUUGGGCAGGGAAGCCUAUUCCAGGCUGGUUAUAUCGCAAAUUGAAUCCGUCACAAGUACUUCUGACUUUACAUGAUCGAGCGCCACAGCUGAAAAUUACCGAAGACAGAAUGGCUGCCACCGGAGAAAAAGGAUACUGCACUGUUAGAGCAACACAUCUCGUGAAUCGUGGAACUUGGUACUGGGAGUGUUCAAUCGAAGAAAUGCCUGAAUUAGCUGCCACUAGAAUUGGAUUCGCUCAAGCAUAUGGUAAUCUUCAAGCUCCACUCGGCUAUGAUAAAUUCGGCUAUUCUUGGAGAUCCAGGAAAGGAACCGUAUUCCAUGAGUCUCUGGGCAAACAUUUUUCACAAGGAUACGGCGAGGGAGAUGUACUUGGAAUCCUUAUUGAACUGCCAGAAAUUCCUAAUGGGAAUUAUAUUCCGCCGACUUAUAAAGACAAGCCGUUAGUGAAAUUCAAGAGCCACUUAUACUACGAGGACCGCGAUGAGAUGCAGGAGGAAUUGCGCAAGUUGAAGCCAUUGAAGGGUGCCAAGAUAGAUUUUUACAAGAAUGGAAUCCAUCAAGGAACGGGCUUCAGUGAUAUUUAUGCAGGCGGUUAUUUUCCUGCGAUAUCACUUUUCAAAAAUGUUACCGUUUCUGUCAAUUUUGGACCCAACUUUAAAUUUGCUCCCAAAGACGUAGCAUUCAGGGGUAUGCACGAGAGAGCAGAAGAAUCAAUCACAGAGCAAGCUAUGGCUGACAUGCUCUAUUUGACUGAAAACGAGGGUCGUCUUCGAUUAGAUCUCUAGAGUAGUAUUACUCCUGUUGUAUUUCAGCAAACAUGCUUCGAUUUUUCUAUCCCUUCUCAACAUCCAUACUAUCCAUUUCUUCGUGAAUUGCAUUUCGAAACAGUAUGAUUUUUAUAUUCAAAAUAGACAGACUUGUCAUGUUUA